AUAUGUUGAUUGCACUUAUUAAGCCAAGCAGAAGAAACUUUAUUCCAAGAAAAUAAACAGUUUUUUUUAAAAAAAAAUCUUUUUUUAAACUUUAAAAUGGAUCAGUUUGACCCUCAACAGGAGGGUGAAUGACUCAUCCUACUCUGAUCCUAUUGGCUGACAGGACUCGGGGCCCCCGGUUUGGCCCCCGGUUGGACCAUCCAUAUGGGACCACUUCCGGUUAGUGUUUACUGCCACCAUGCUCCUGAACGACUUCUUCACUUUCGAGCGGACUGAUUACGGUUCCUUUGAGCAUUGCUGCGUGCCUCUGUGCAACUCGUCCAGUAAGUACAACACAACUCUCAGUUUCCACAAGUUCCCCCCGGACCCGGAGCUCAGGAGGACAUGGAUCGAGUCCAUCCAGAGGGAGAAGCUGCACGUUAGUCGCUUCAGUCGGGUGUGCAGCCGCCACUUCACCGGGGAGGACUUCCAGGAGGACGGACGGCAGCUGAAGCCGGGAGCCGUUCCGGUGCUGUUUGAGUGGAACCAGUACUCUGUUCCCGGCGGGGUGGCGGUGGACGGACCGGUGGACGGACCGGCGGAGGAGCCCGAAGCCUUCCUAACUGAGCACAACUACGCUCUGGCUUCAGAAACCGAGCUGAAGGAGCGGAUAGGGCGGCUGACUGGGGGGCAGAGGUUCGGCCUGCAGCGGUUCGCCGGCUCAGACGAGGACCUACGAUUUUUCACAAGGUUUGCAUCCUAUGACCUCCUCAUGGGCUUCUGGACAUCAAUAGAGCAUUUGGUUCCACUGGUGGUCAGCAUGAAGAACUCACACAGAGACGUCCUCACAGACACAAAUGUCCCAGCAGUUUCUUCUCUGCAGCCCAUCGAUGAGAUGCUUUUGCUCCUGAACUAUUUAGCGCUGGGUUCCAAACUGAACGACCUCGCUGACAGAUAUGGAAUCCAGCCGUCUGCAGUCCGUCAGAUCAUCACGAAAUGGAGUAACUUUUUGUACACUGUCCUGGGAUCAGUAAACAUCUGGAUACCAGAGGAGAAAAUAAGGAAACAUUUACCAGCAGAGUUUGAGGAAUAUGCCAACACUACGGUCAUCCUGGGCUGCAUGGAGCUGAGAUACCAGCGUCCUCCCUCGUCUCUGCUGGACGGUGAAGACCUCUCCACCCAGUCUAACUCCUCCUGCACGCUCAAAGGCCUGUUUGGAGUUGCUCCUCAUGGCGCUGUCACCUUUGUCUCCCAGCUGUUUGCCGGAUCCGUCAGAGACGACCACCUGAUACGAGAGUCUGGGAUUCUGAAGCUGCUGAGGCCUGGGAUGGGCGUCAUGGUGGACCAAGGAUUUCCAGUGGAUGACUUAUCUCUGUGUAAAAUCUACAUGCCGGCGUUUCUCUCUCCCAGGUCCCGGAUGUCUGGCCGUGAUGUCAGGGAGACGCUGGCCAGCGUGCACGUAGAGCAUCUCAUUAGCAGAGUGAAGGACCACAGGUUCUUCGACACUGAGAUCCCUCUGCAGCUGUUAGGAAACAUUAACCAGCUCUAUACUGUAGCAUGUCUCCUAACAAACUAUGAGAAUGGACUUCUGGGAAAGACUGAGAGGUUAGUGUAGGACUUCAGACUGCACAAAGACGGUGUAUUACAAAGUUACGCAAAGUCUGAAAAUGAGCAGUUUAUCUUUGAUGUCAUAUCAUUUCUGUUUGAAAUACGUUCAUUUUGUACAACUUUACUUGUAUGAGAAGCUUUUUGCUCACCCACCUGUCAGCUGUUCCUUAUUAUGGUGCUUUCAGGGACAUUAAAACACUGAGAUUGUAAUCCUGCAUCUUUAUUGCACAGUCCAUUAUUUACUGUACAGGCCAGCAGUAGGCUCACAGCUGUUUCAGUAUUUGCAUCACAUUUUAGAUCUAAUUUAUCCAAACCAGUAUUCCGUAUCCUUUAUUCACGUUAUGGAAAUGUUAUGAGACUAUUUCUUCCUAUUUUGGUUUUGAGUUUUGUUUUUGUAAAUUUUUUUUCUUUUUUUACUGGGAUUGUGAGCAACAGUAAACAAAUUAAAGAGCAAAUAAAGUGGAUAUUAAAGCAG